AUGCGCCGCCUGCUGUGCCUGACGGUGCUGCUCCUCUGCUGCGCCGCCGGCUGCCUCGCCACAACAGAACGCCACCGCUGCAUAUUCGACUAUGUCCCAGUUCUGUUUGGUGUGGGGUCUGCCGAUUUCGUGCCGAACCCUACUGAAGCCGUUGAGAUGCAGUUGAUGGCCUCCGCGCGCGAGGAUGGGCGGCUUGACGAGCUUGAAGGAGACCGCGAGGUUGGGGAUGCACGGAAGAUAAACGUAACGGAGCUGCCCUCACACGGCUGGAGCGCCAUCCGCAUCAAUGUGUCCACGAAGGACCUGGAUAUGGACAGCCGGCGCUGCACUGAGGCGAACAGAACAAUCAGGACCUUUGGCGACCAGGAGUGGAAGUGCACGAGUGAAGAUGUUCUCACUGAGGAGAAGAAGAAGAUCCUGACGGAGAAGAUUCUUCCCGCUGCCGUCAAGUUGCACUCCGAGCGCCUGUUUGUGGCACGCAGGGGUUUACCCUUGGUCGUGCCAAACUUCGAUGAGAGGUCUGUUUGCGGUCAGUUUGCGGUGCCCGAGGAGCACAAGGGGAAGGCAGGCGUACCAGACACUGACAUGAUGCUGUACGUCGCUGCUGCGCCUACCUUGUCUUCCGCCUUUGCGUGGUCGGCUGUUUGUGCGGUGGAUGCUGAUGGCCGUCCGCUGGUUGGCGUGCUCAACUUCAACCCGCGGCACAUCGCUACCACUCCGCAGGCGAUACGCGUCGCUGCGCACGAGAUGGCGCACACGCUUGGGUUCAACCUGGAAGGCAUGAAGAGCGCGAACCUGAAGGUGGAGAGGAGAACUGUGCGCGACAAGCCAACGUAUUUCUUGACUUCCAACAACACGCGUGCUAUGGCGGCGCGGCACUACAGCUGCGAAAGCACCAUUGGCAUGGAGCUGGAGGACGAGAUGACGUGGACGCCGAGUCCUGCGGAAGGAUCUCUCUUGAUGCGCUCGAAGGUGCCCCGUGUGUCACUCAGCGAUUUUUUGGAGGAGGAUAUGGCCGAUUCGUCAGACUCUCAGGAGGACAUCAGAGUGGCUGCGGCCGGCCGCGCUGAGGCGUACGACUGGAAUCUGCCUGCGAGGUUGGGCUACAACUCGCACUGGAAGCGCCGCAACGCGAAGGACGAGCUGAUGGCUGGCCAUGUCGGUGCCGGCUACUACACGGCGAUAACGAUGUCUGUGUUCGUGGAGCUCGGCUACUAUCGCGCCAAUUGGAGCAAGGCGGAGCCGAUGCGGUGGGGCAACAGGUCCGGGUGCGCGCUGCUGGAGAAGAAGUGUGUCGAUAAUGGGCACACUGACUACCCCGGAAUGUUCUGCACGGAGGCCUCCGCCACCCCGAAGUGCACGAGCGACUUCCAGGCGUUGGGGAAUUGUGGUAUUGAAGAGAGCCGUGCUGAUACCCCCCAGGUGUUUCAGUACUUUGGCGAGAGUGGCAAGAAGGGCGGCCUGAGGGACGAUCUGAUGGAGUACUGCCCCGUCAUUGUGGCCGGUGCAGGCACUGGGUGCAUGAGCGGCAAUGCGAGCAAGAUGUUGGGGAGCGUUGUCGGCCCAUCGUCGCGGUGCGUGAGGGGGAACGACCUAAAGGUGGGCGACCAGAAGGUGGGGGACGUAUGUGUGGAGGUGGCGUGCGAGUACGGCUCCGUGUACGUCCGCUACGCUGGUGCCCCCACGUAUUACUUGUGCCCGCAGGGACGCUUCCUGAAGACGUGGGGCGACUUUGCUGCGGGCGGCAGCAUUGCCUGCCCUCUGUACGACGACGUGUGCACCACCAUGCUGCCGCGGGAAGGGAAGCACCGCGAUCCCAUCCCGCCACCGUCGCUAUCUGAAAUGGACAUCUCAGCGACCCUGGUGAAUAUGGCCACCGGAACGUACCAAGAGGACUCGAGCACCAUCACCACGGUCGGGAGCACCAGCGAUGUUGCUGCACCGAGCUCCACCGAAGCCGUUGGCACGGAAGGGGUGGCUGCCGAAGAGGAUUUGAACCAGUCUCCGCUGCCCGUGGGUCUCCCCGGCGUCGCCACGCCUCAAGACAAGAAUAUUGUGGUUGGCGGAAACGCCGACGGCAGCGUUGCUUCUGCCGUCUUUGCAUCUCUUCUGUUCGUCUUCGCUGCUGCCUCGGCGGUGGUGGCGCUUUGA